AUGUCUCUGCUAUACGAAGAUGAAUUUGUUAGCGUAAAUGAUAUGGCUAUAAAAGUCAAAAAUUUCCAAUUUCCAUCGAAGAAGGCUAAAUGCAUUCCAAUAGAAGCUAUACGUGUGCUAUGGUUUGAGGAGCAAAACAAAACGAAAUGUCCGACCAAAAUCUGGGGAAAAUCUCCUACAGCUGUAUAUUGGGCACUUGAUGUGAAGAGGUAUUUCCAUGGUUAUUUUUUCUAG